GCGAACGGCGGUUUGGCAGCGACUCUGGGAAGAGCGGAGUGGCCUCGCCGAGCGCCAAGGCUCGCAAGCAAGCCGAGGCGGGCAAGACGUCGGGCGCAAGAACCAGUGGGAGCACAACCGCCGUCGACGAUAACAGGCGGAAGACGAAACCGCCCCCUCAGAGGCUCCCUGGAGAGCCCAAACCUGCGGCCCCCGUGCCGAUGCUCAGGAUUGGCGAUGAGUCGCCUACGUCUGCCUCUGAACCUUUGAUCGACGAGAUCGCGUCGUGCCUGCGCGAGUGGCACUCAACCAACUUUCACGAACUUCUCCUAUCUCGGCAAUAUGGCUCUCUGGACAAGGUAUCACAGCUGAUUCAGGCGCUGGACCUGGCGCGGCGGCAAUUCCUCCACAAUGUGCUUACGACCAACGAAUACGAUGCGCUACGCGAGAAGACAGUCUGGAAUCUAGUACGGGGAAACAAGUUGUGCGGCGGUGAAGUUAUAGUGCGCGAUCCUCAGCAGAGAGGUCGCGUGUUAACGGGCGAGGAUUCUGUCGUCGAGAUCACCAAGCUACAAUCAGUCAUGAGUCUUCUGGACGAGCCACCGGUAGCUCAUGCGGAGAUCACUGCGCUACACCACCUCAUGGUAGAUAUCCGAAGCUUCGCAGGGUCAUCCAACGAGCCAACAACGUUGCUCAUCUCCCUUGUCAGCAGAUCAGUGGGCGGCACCGUGACGGCCUUGUCGGAAAGUUAUCUCAUCGAGAUUCCAGCCGGUGGUCUCAUGGGCGGCAACUCCAAGGAUGGCCAUAUGCGGACUCUAUUCACUGAUCUGACUUCUGGUGACAUUGGAGAUGCUCCGUCCGCCGACUCCGAGCUGUUUUUGGUUGUCAAAAUACGAGCUCCGCAGCAGAUCACUGCAGGAAAGCCUUCUUCUCGUUCUGGAUCGUUCUCGCAACCAAAUUCUCCCUUCUCCAAAGAGAAACCCCCGACCUCGAGUAGCACAAAGGCUUCUAGAAGAAGCCUCAUGUGGGGGACUACGCGCUCUGCGUUUUCUCGCGGUGGGAUCAAGCUCGAUGCGCUGUCUGAGCAGCCAGAAGAACGACCGCAGACGGACCGGACAGAGAGCCGCGAAGGGCCGAUACCACCCAGCACUGCCGGAUCCCGUGGUGCCCGACCCUCGAGUGACGGCACACAGGUCACACAGAUGACUGUCGACCGGAUGGUGGGGCUUGGUGUUCUCAAGAUCAAUGCCAUCAUGCAGCAGCCCGAUGAGGUGGAACAUGUUGUAACGAUAUGGUCUGCAACGAAUCAGUCGAGCUUUGACGGGCAGCAAGAUGACGAAUGCGACAUCCUGGUCAAGCACCUCCUAGACAGCAAGUCUGGUCAUUACGAAAAGUCGAGGAGAGCGGAACGGUUGCAGGUGCAUCUGAAGCCCUUUAAUCACCAGGACCCGGACGCUUUGAUCAAGGCGACACCAACACUACUUUCUGGCAUAAGCAAGACGCCCAAGAUGGGUUUCCCCGGAGCACCAACAAAGCCACGAUCCGACAUCUACAUAACCAUACACCAAGCACUUCUUGCACGGCAGAACCUCUUGUCACGGGUUGGAGGUAGCGCCACCGCAUUACCAAGCAGCAUGCACGGCAACAAUCUCGCUGUCACACUCGAGGUGCGCUCGUUAUCUGGUGACCGCAUAGAGAACUGCAUAUAUUCUGCCUCGAACGCCGAAGCUGUCUCGGCAUGGCAAUCCUUCGCGACCGAACGCAGUGAGCGCUGGAACCAGUGUCUCCGACUAGCUUUAUCUCCUGAAGAGGUCAUGACAUCUCACGUCAUGGUCACCGUCGCAGACCUGCCGCAUCCGCCAUUCGCAAUUGGCUACCUGCCUUUAUGGGAGCAACAAGCUUUUUUGAGCGAUGGCGUACAUUCUCUGCUAUUGUAUAAGCUGGAAGACGGCGCUCGGACCGCUCAACCAGGUCCAACUGGCCAGGGUGGGUAUCUGUCAGUACCCUGGGGGCCACGAGUAGAUUCAUCCGACGUAACUGGUCCCCUUGCGACGCUGCAGGUAGAAAGCUACUUGUGCAGCACGCGUUUCUCCCAAGACAGAGUGAUUCUAGGGCUUCUCAAGUGGAAGGAGAUUCCAAAGGGCGAGAUACCAGCCCUGUUACGACAAGUCAUCUUCGUACCCGAGAUUGAGAUUGUCAAGCUUUUGAACGAGGUUUUGGACGCCCUGUUUGGCGUUCUCGUCGAUAACCAGGAGAAUGACGAAUACGAAGACUUGGUCUUCUCGGCUCUGGUGCGAGUUCUAGACAUCAUCCAUGAUAGGCGGUUCAACCUUGGGCCGCUUGUCGACCAGUACGCCGAGACCAAGUUCAACUAUCCCUUUGCCACCGCUUGUCUCGUUCGCUCCUUCACGAGGCUUCUCUCCAAACCGACAGAACCUGAGACUGCACGCAAGCUCCGGGCCACCUUGAAGGUCGUCCGGUACAUCCUGAAAUUCAUCACUCAUGCUAGAGAUCAGCAAAAGGCGAAGGAAGCCGGUAUUGGGAUUGUUAAUGGCAAUCCUGGCUUCACCAGGCACCUGCAGAACAUCUUCAAGGCCUUGGACUCGAUGAUGCGCAGUACUGCCCCAGUCCUCGUCGGCAGUCAAACACUGGCAGUUCAGCAUUUCCACACAUGGCUGCCAGAGCUCACUGGGCUUCUUACCACAGAGGAGAUUCUCCACAUCGCAAUUGACUUCAUCGACUCUUGUGCACUGGUCAAAGGCAAGCUCGUUUUGUACAAGCUUGUUCUGAUCAUCAACUACUCAAAGCUGGCACUUUUCUCGCAACCCGAACAGCGUUCCGCACUCUGCGCCAAUACGGUUCGGUGGAUCGCGCCUCACUGGGGCGAGGCGACCGAGGUUACAGACCAAUGGAAAGACCAGGUCAGGCUGUGCUGCUCCAUCAUCGCCAGUCAAGCUGAUCACCUUGGACCAGAAGUCCCCGACUAUAUUCCCAAGAUCACGGAGUCUUUCCGCUUGAUCCAGGCCGCUGGAAGCCAACCGAAGAAUAAGCUCUCGUUGCUCUUUCCCGCAAGCUAUCCGUUCCCUGCUAAGCCCAUAAGCGGCGAGCCUGUGCGGUUCGACGAGUCUUUGAUUGAGCUGUCAGCCGUACUUUCUGCCUUAGCCAAUUCACCCCAGGGCAUGCAACUGGAGCUUACCGAAGAUGAUCUGGCGAGCGUGCUUAAAAGCAUGCUGCAAGUGCACAUGAGCAUUCUGCAAGGGGAGGCCUUUCCCUCGACGUGGCUAAGCGUGCAUAUUUACCACCACAAGUCGACCAUGAAGACCUUGCAGUACUUGUCCACAAUCAUGCUGGAUACUUUCCUGCCAGAUCCCGACGAUGCCGAGAACUUUGAUACAGAACUGUGGAAGAUGUUCUUUACGACAUUGCUCAAGCUUGUUGGCAGUGAGUGCCUUGCGCUCGAGACGUUCCCCGAGCAAAAGCGCCGAGCGGUGUGGAAGAUCGCCGGCGAUGUGCGCGAACAUGGCGCCGAGCUGCUCCGACGUACCUGGGAAGCAAUCGGUUGGGAGACGACUGCAGACGAGCGCUUGAGGUACGGCUUGAGCAAGAUGGGUGGCUACCAGGUCCAAUAUGUCCCGUCCCUGGUCGGGCCUAUUGUAGAGCUGUGUCUCAGUGUGCACGAGGGUCUAAGGAGGAUGGCUGUCGAGGUCUUGCAGACAAUGAUAGUCAGCGAAUGGACACUCAGCGACGACCUGUCUGUUAUCCAGACGGAAAUGAUCGACUGUCUCGAUCGCUUCUUCAAGGAGAAGGCCAUGACGGAGAGCAUCUUGCAGAAGCUGUUUGUGCAGGAACUGCUCGACAGAUUCGAGCCGCUAUCGCACAUUGAGGACGAUGCCAUGUACGCCGGGCUCAGGGAUUUGAUUGCAACAGUAGACGAGUUUCUCGACCUUCUCGUUGCUGUUCACGGCGGCGAGGUCACGGGGCAGGCAUCAAACCUCAUCAACCGACUGCGGCUCAUGGAGUUCCUCCGAGACAUGCAGAAGGAAGAGAUCUUCAUUCGCUACGUACAUCAGCUCGCUCACCUGCAGGCAGAAGCAAGAAACCACACGGAAGCCGGACUUGCACUCAAGCUCCAUGCCGAGCUAUACGAAUGGGAUCCUACCAGGAACACGAGGGCGCUGCGUGACCCCGACAUGCCUGAACAGUCGCACUUUGAGCGCAAGGAGCGCAUCUACUUCGAAAUGAUCAAGCACUUUGAGGAUGGCGAGGCGUGGAGCAGUGCUCUUGCUGCUUACAAGGAGCUGCAGAACCAGUACGAGAACAACGUCUUCGAUUUCGCCAAGCUGGCUCGUACCGAACGUGCCAUCGCCACAAUUUACGAGACUUUGGCCAAGAGCGAAAGGCUGGUUCCCAAGUACUUCAAGGUUGUGUACAAAGGUCUUGGCUUCCCGACAGCCCUGCGUGAUAAGGCCUUUAUCUGCGAAGGAUCUCCUAAUGAGCGCACCUCUGCGUUCACAGAUCGCAUGCAAGGCCAGUAUCAGGCUGCGCAGAUCAUCACGAGUGGGGAUGUGGACUCGGACACUGAGGGCCAGUUCCUCGUGGUGUCUUCCGUGAGCCCACACCGUGAUCUCAGUCACCCGGUCUUCCAACGUGCCAGAGUGCAGCAGCCCAUCCGUGACUAUCUCCUCUCUGCCCACCCUCAGAUGUUCUCGGUAUCGUCAAAGCGCAGCACGAACGGACCUGUCUCAACUCACCACGCGGAAAAGACGUUGUACACCACGGCGGAAUCCUUCCCAACAAUCCUCCGACGCAGCGAGAUUGUGGAGGUCGACACUGUCCAGCUUGGUGCCAAGGAGACCGGACUCGAGCGCAUUGUCCGCAAAACGCAGGAGAUGACUGCCGUGGAGAAGCGACUCGCUGAAGGUGACGAAGAAGUCGCUCAGCUCCUUGUAGACGCGAUUCGUAUUUCGGUUGAUCCCGAGUCAGAAACAAGUGUUGUGGGCUACAGAGAGCUGCUUCCCAAGCCUGCGCACAAGUCCAGAGAAUUGAACCCCAUGGACUCGGAUGAGGAGGACGAUGACGAUGACGAGAGCGACGAAGGCGAGCCAGAGCUUAGCGAGAAGGAGAACGCGAUCAAGAUGGCUCUCGUGGACCACGCGAUCAUGCUCAAGAGGUGUCUUAGCAGCUUUGCGCGAAGCAGCAAUCCAAUCCUGCGGAAGGCUUAUCAGGAUCUGUACAUGCACUUUGAGUCAACUUUCGCUCCAGAGAUCGCCGUCUUCACUCCGGCCGCCAUGCCGCGCGACCAGCAGAGCACGCCAUCCCCUACAUGGCAGAGAUCCCCGCGCCUGACCGACAGCUCGCCACCACUCGGCCAGAUCAGCGCAUCCGGGUCAAAGGGCGUCGUCGAGGAAGCAGCCUCUGUGCAGCCCAUCACUGUGCGCCAGCGAGGUGCCCGGCUCAGCUUCCUUGGGGGCAAGAGGAAGGAGUCACUGUCCUCGGGUAACGAUGUCGUUGCUUCGCCACAGCUGAAUGGGGAUGGCGAGACGGGCCACGCGUCGCCCGACAGAACCAAAGACCAUGGUCACAGGAUGAGCUUUUUCCGGCACGGAUCUAGUGACAACUCCUUCACGCCUGCCCAUCACGAAACGAUGCACUCGAACGGCUACUCGCAUCAUCGCGGGACGCCAUCCAUGUCCACCGCGCAGGACCGUGGCCUCAAGAGCCGCGACAUUAUUGACGUGGUCGAGAAGGGCAUCGACCGUGGUGGCGAGCACACCGCCGUGGUGGAAGGUGGCCACGGCGCCAACGGCGAGAGCGGCCUGAUGAAGAAGGCUAGCAUCCGCAAACGCUUCAGCACGCUCAAGCUCGCGACGAAGAAGAGCAAGAACGCCCUCAUGGGUGAUGUGCGCGAGGAAUGAACACGGGGGCGUUGCCCAACCUCGACGUCUUUGACGAAUCACUGAUAUUCUGCUUCAUACCUGACCCUUAAUCCGUUCCACGCGGCCAUACAUUUCACACCAUUGCAUAUCGUCAUAAUCACCAUCAAGAUUCUCGGCACUUCUGUCAUCAUAUUCUUUUUUUUUUCGAAGAGAUCUUU